ACCCUCCCUCAGGGCCGAGCCAGGCCCUGUGAUCCCCCGGGGACAGUCUGUGACCUUCGUGUGCCAGGGCCCAGCUGGGGCUAAUUUCUUCCGCCUGGGGAAAGAUGGAAGACGUGCAUAUCUCGAUCAGAGAAGUGUGUCUCAAGAUGGUUCACAGGCGACAGAGGCCAGAUUCCACUUCCCUGAAGUGAGUGAAGACAUGGCUGGGAGUUACCGCUGCCGCUAUGACAGUGUGUAUGAGAGCUGGUCUGAGCGCAGUGAGCCCCUAGAGCUGAAGGUGACAGAGGAGGACAUCUCCACUCUGCCCUCAGGAGCCCCCCGAGUUCUCAGCUCCACCCCCAGCUCUACUCCCAGCUCCACUCCCAACUCCACUCCCAGCUCCACUCCCAGCUCCACCCCCAGCUCCGCCCCCAGCUCCACCUCCGUCACAGACACAAAGCCCCUCUCAGCUGGCCUGUCGAGCAAAUACGUUUAUAUCCUUGUUGGGACCUCCGUGGCCUUUCUCCUCUGCCUCCUCCUGCUGGUCCUCCUCUUAGUCCGUCGCCGGCGUCAGAGAAAACACGAGUCCCUCCACAGCAAAGGCGGGGAGCAGAGGCCCCAGGAGAGGCUCAACCCAGCAGCUGACAUCACAGAGGGCACGCCAGAUGAGGCCACAGUCUGUGCACCUCCUGAGAAAAACAGGGAGACGCCGAGCCCAAGCCCUGAUGCGGGAGACGCCCAGGAGGUGACAUACGCCCAGCUGGACCCGCGGGCCCUCACCCUCAGGGCAGCCCAAGCUGCGUCCCCACAGCCCACGGAGCCCACCGCUGACGGCAGCACAUACGCGGAGCUUCCCAGACGCUGACUCGGGACCCCCUGGCCUCUGCACCCACAGACACAGUCACUUUUUUAAAAAAAAUUUAAAUUCUUUAUUGUUUAAAGUAUUACAUAAGUCUCCUCCCCCUCCCCCGUUGACCUCUCCCCGGCCGUCCCACCCCCAACACAAGUCACUCUUGCAAAGGCCUGAAGCACCAUGAAGAGGACUCCCCUGUGCAAUCACCCCGUUCUUGACAACCAUCUAUUCAUUUCUCCUGGAGGCGAGAGCUGGAGUCGGGGUCCCCUACUCAACACCUAGGAGGUUCAUUCACCAGGGCCGCCCCCUACAAUCCACCAGCUGCUUGGAGCACCCAUAUAACACUUGUUUCCAGAGACCCAGCGACUGUUGUCCAGCAGUUUUCAGACACCCAGCUACAAUUGUCCAGCAGUUUCCAGAGACCCAGCUACUAUUGCCCAGCAGUUUUCAGACACCCAGCUACAAUUGUCCAGCAGUUUCUAACAACCCAGCUACAGUUGUCCGGCAGUUUCCAGAGAUUCAGCUACUAUUGCCCAGCAGUUUUCAGAGACCCAGCUACAGUUGGUGGGCUGUUUCCAGAGACCCAGCUACAGUCCUACAGUCACCCAGUUCAUUCCAGCCAUGCCCUGUGAAUCCCCACCUUUCCCCCAGAGACUGUUGAAUCCAUCUUCUUAGCCGACUCUAAAGAUUUUCCAUGUGUUGGCCUGGAACCUGGGCCAUAUUUAUGUGGCGAAUCUCUGAUGCCUCAUUGUCUCUGAAUCCUGCUUCACCUUGUGCAUCAAUAAAUGUUUUCACACAACCAAUUACGGCAGCCCUGCACGAGGAGCUGGGGUACACAGGUACCUGGUCCCCAGUCUCUGCCUCCACAGAUGCUCAAUACUUAGUAAGGGAAAAAAGACAAAAAAAGGGGGCAUUGAUGAUUUCUGA